UCCCUCCUCAACCGGCGCCAUCCAAUUCGAUCCGUCCUCGUCCGUCGCCUUCCCGAACCUUCUCGCUCCUUCCGCCUCCUCCGCGAUAAUCCUCCUCCUCCUCCUCUCCGAGGCUUCUUGCUGCCGCCGAGGGCGAUGUCAAUGCCCGCUCCCCAUCUCGCUGCCCGCACGUCCCGCAGCAGUCGCGCCGGAAACGCCGUAACCACCACCAGCUCAUCACAUACCAAACCUUUCUGCCAAGGCAUGGCUGAGGCACACAAGCAACAAAACCUGAACUUUGGGUGGCUAGAGCGAGGAAGGAAGUUUCUACCCAUUUACCAAGCCAGACGAAUAAAACACAAUAUUCUGCUUGCAUCAACUGAUGAUAGCAUAACCGUCAAUGGGACCCCACAUGCACCUUUUGGCACUGAAGUGGAGGAGAUGAGGUUGAAAUUAGAUGAAUAUUUCCAAGGUGAUAGUAUAGGAAGUGGACUAGUCCAAUCCAUACAUGAUGCAGCAAGAGCAAUCGAGCUGGCUAUUCAAAGACAAACCUCGUCAUCAAGAAACUCUUGGUUCUCAAAGGCCUGGCUUGGAGUAGAAAAAAAUGCAUGGAUUAAGCGAUUGUCUUAUCAGGCUGCUGUAUAUUCCUUACUGCAAGCAGUUCUUGAGAUUUCAUCACGGGGAGACGGAAGAGACAGAGAUGUUCAUAUCUCUGUGCAGAGGAGUUUACUACGACUAUGUGCUCCCUUGGAGAGCACAAUUCAAGAGGAAUUGUCUAUCAAAAACCCUAUAAUGUAUGAAUGGUUUAUGAAUGACCAUCACCCAGUUAUUGUGGCGACACUUGUGAAUUUGUUUGAAAGUGAUGUUCUCUUUAGUUCGGCGACGAAGUUAUAUUCAGAAAAUGAGUCAUCUGAUUCUGCCACGGCAAGUGACCUGUCGCUCCUUAUGCUUGCCUUAAGUUGCCUUGCAGCUGUCAGAAAGCUUGGAUCUGCAAAAGUAUCCUGUUCACAGUUCUCAUCUAUGUUGCCAGACAUUACUGGUAGAUUCAUGGAUUUGCUUCUGGAUUUUCUACCAAUAAAAAGAGCAUACAAAUCUAUGAAGGAGAUUGACCUACGCAGAGAAUUCCUAUUCCAUUUUGGUCCUAGAGUUGCUAUAGGUGUAUUUGAUAAUGAACACAGAGCUGAAGAGAUGGCCUUUUGGAUUGAUCUUGUGCAAACACAACUGCAACAAGCUAUUGAUAGGGAAAAGAUAUGGUCUAGACUAACAACAUGUGAGAGCAUUGAGGUAUUGGAAAAGGAUUUGGCUAUAUUUGGUUUUUUUAUUGCUUUGGGAAGAAGUACACAAUCAUUUUUAUCUUCAAAUGGUGUAGAGGUGUCAGAGGAACAAAUAGAAAGUAUCAUAAGGUAUCUUAUAGGUGGGAGUGUAUUGUAUUAUCCACAACUUUCAUCAAUUAGUUCUUAUCAGCUUUACGUGGAGGUAGUUUGUGAAGAGCUGGACUGGUUACCCUUUUAUCAUGGUACCAUAUCGAAUGUAACUAGUGAUAAUAAAGAUAAUCAGGAAGAUGAUUCUAAAACAGAAUCUAUUUCACAAGUUUUAAAAGUCUGCUCUUACUGGGUAACAAGUUUUAUAAAGUACAGUAAGUGGCUUGAGAACCCAUCACACAUAAAGGCAGCUCGAUUCCUUUCUGGAGGGCAUGGUAUGCUCAAAGAAUGCAUGAUACAACUUGGUAUAUUAAUGAAUUCAAGAGAGGAUGUUAGAGAAGUUCAGCAUGGACUUGAAACAAAGAUAUCGGAUCAGUUAGAGUUAGAGUCUUUUGAUGAGACGCUUGAAAAUGUUGAAGAAACCCUAAAAAGAUUAGAAGAUUUACUCCAAGAACUACACCUGUCCAAAUUGAGUCGUGGAAAAGAACAUUUGAGAGCUGCUUGUUCUGACCUCGAGAGAAUACGGAAACUUAAGAAAGAGGCAGAAUUUCUUGAGGCGUCAUUUAGAGCAAAGGCUGCGUCAUUAGAACAGAGUGAUGAUUGCUCACUGGCUUCUACCAGUAGACUGGGAAGGAUAUCAGACAAUUCUAGUGAAAACACAAUCAUUCGGAAACCUGAUGAUGUGAAACCUCAUGGUUUUUGGAGAAUCUUGAUUCCAAUUUCAAACAAACGAAACAAGCAAGAACUAGUAGAAGCUGAUCUGAACGUCUCCAGUGUCAACAUAGAUAACCUAGACGAGGAGUCAAAUGAGAUACGUCGCUUCAAACUGCUAAGGGAUGAAUUAAUUGAGCUUGAGAGGAGGGUUCAAAGAAGUACAGAUGAAACGAAGAAUGAGCAACCUGACAUUACAGAUAAAAAGGGCAAGCAGGCAUCUCCAAACAAGCAUCAGACAUUAGUUCCUGCGCCAGAAAAGGAAAAUAUCGUUGCCAAAUCACUGACAAAGAUUAAAGAGACUACCACGGAUGUCUGGCAAGGAACUCAGUUGUUAGCCAUAGAUGCGUCAGCAGCUGUGGCCUUGUUGAAAAGAGGGGCUAGCGGAGACGAACUCACCGAGAAAGAGAAAAAGGCUCUUCGAAGAACUUUAACUGACUUGGCAUCUGUUAUUCCAAUUGGGUUUCUGAUGCUACUUCCAGUUACUGCAGUCGGGCACGCUGCUAUGCUGGCGUUCAUCCAAAGAUAUGUACCUGCUCUGAUUCCAUCCACAUACGCACCAGAGAGGUUGGAUCUCUUAAGGCAGCUUGAAAAGGUGAAACAAAUGGAAAUAGUCGAAACAAGCUGUGAUAAGGAUACGGAGACUGUCAGUUUGGGCAGCAGUGGAUCUGAGUAGAUACACUAAUCAAGAUUAAGAUUGCCUUAACAUAUUGCCGCAAUUUUACACUUGAAUGUUAAAGAUUAAAUUAGCGUCUGCUUCCAACACCAUGGAGGUUUACAAGAUUGAUUUUUAGAAGACCAGUGGCAGCUAAUUUUGUAAAGCAAGGAGAGCCAAGCUAAUCCGGGAAAAGCCUGAUUUUCCAAAAGAAAAAACGUGUAUUUUGUUUGUAAAUAUGACUCAUUGGCUUUGCAUAAUCUGUUGUUGCACAGUAUUACAAUUACCCACACCAAGCCUCUGUUUAAUUUGGUCACUUUAUUAUAAUCAUGGCAAAAACAUAGGGUUUUUUUUUUCCCACUUUAUUAUGGGUUGUAAACAUAUAAUUCUAGUCAAUGAAGUUAUGUUUGAGGCA